GAUUACACGGCAGGCAGGCACCGAGCAGGCAGGCUGCGGGAGCCCAGCAGGCGGCUGCGAUCCUCCCCUGCAAUCCAGUCCCAGCGUCUCUGCGUUUGCAAUUAAAGCAUUCUGUAAUUAACAUUCUGUUGUUUGCAAUUUGCAUCGCCCUGCGUGGAUUUUUAAAACUGCAAAUGGCUUCAGAGGUGGAAUCGUUCCCUGAUGCGCCAGUCGAGGAGGAAGCAGAGGAGAAGAAGACUGCGGUGAAGAAGUCGGGCUCGAAGAAGAAGAAGAACCAGCAAGGGAAAUACAGCGCGCUGCUGGUGGAGAUCGUGCAGAGGCUGGGCGCCCGCAACGGCUCCUCGCUGGCCAUGAUCUGCAAAGAGGCGAGGAAGGUGCCCUGGUUCGACGACCAGCACGGCCGCAUCUACCUGCGCUACGCCCUGCGGGCUCUGGUGCUCAACGGCACCCUGAACCAGGUGAAGGGCAAAGGGGCCAACGGGUCCUUCAAGCUCACGAAGAAAGGGGAGAGCAGGCAGGCGGCCAAGAAGAAGUGGGCGGCCUCGGCCAGCGCCGCCAAGAAGACUAGGAAGCCCCCAAAGACCAAGAGCCACUCGGGGUCCAGCAAAAGUAAGAAGGGCAAAUCGCCCAAGAAAUCCAAAUCCAGGAAGGUUUAAAAAGACCCCCCCCCCACCCAACCCAGUAUUUGCAAUCUUUAAAAAAAUGCAUUUGACCUUUUUUCCUGUUUUAUUUUUGUCGUGCAGAGACCUGUUGGUUGGGUUUUCAUUUGUCAAUGUCCUCUCACCGAUGGACGUCCCGGUUAGACCGUGAACGCGGGAAAUUUUGAUUUUUCUUUGCGAUGUUAAUCGACAUUCCGUUUCAGGCUCCUGGCUCGUCGCUUUGCAAAUUUUUUUUUCAUGUUCUUUUCCACGUACACAAUUGCUUAAUUUUGUAAUAAUCGUGAGAGCCAGGAAAAAAAUAACGGUAUGCUGGGUGUAACGGAUUGUUUCAUUAAAAUGCAGCCCUUCGGGAAAAAAAUACCCGACAGAAAAGAUUAUUGCAACUUUUGUGUUAUUUACUGACGAGCCAUGUUUUUUUUGUUAAAAAUUAAAAUUUUUGUAUUAAAAA